AGCAGCCAGGGAAGCGUUGAGAAAUAAUUACCUGCCUUGAUUGUUCUAUGGCUAGAUAAAAAAGUACACAUACACUCCAUAUAAUAAUCGGAUGCAUGUAAAAGAGUCGGGGAAGCUUCGACAUGUCGACCACGGGUCCCAUAAGUAAUUAUUAUGUGGACUCCUUGAUCAACCAUGAAAACGAGGAUGUCCUUACUGCAACUCGUUUUUCGGCGCCCGGUUCGCACCCAGCCGGUCCUCGUCCGACGUCGCUAGUACCGGAGUGUGCUGACUAUCCUUCCUGCAGCUUCGCACCCAAGCCACCCGUCUUCUCCACCUCCUGGGCCCCUGUACACUCCCAGUCAUCAGUGGUUUACCAUCCAUACAGUCACCAACCUCACUUAGGCACAGACUCGAGAUAUGUGCGGUCAUGGCUGGAGCCGAUAUCAGGCGCCGUGCCUUUCCAUGGCUAUCCGGGGAACAGCAGGCACUACGGGCUGAAGCCCGAUGCAUUUCAAGAACACAGAGCCGGCGAGUGUCUCGGCUCCAGCGGACGGACCUACACGGAUUAUCUGUACUGCUCAUCCACUGACAUGCGAGACAAGACGCAGCAGAAUCUCCCCUCUCCCGAGUCGGAGCUCAUGGCUUCAGGAAAACAUAAAGAUGAGAAACCGGAGCUAGAUCCGAAUAACCCUGUGGCAAAUUGGAUACACGCCCGCUCCACAAGGAAGAAGCGAUGUCCUUACACAAAGUACCAGACUCUCGAACUGGAAAAGGAGUUUCUGUUCAAUAUGUACCUUACAAGAGACCGCCGAUACGAGGUCGCCAGAGUGCUGAAUCUGACCGAGAGGCAGGUCAAAAUCUGGUUUCAGAACCGGAGAAUGAAGAUGAAGAAGAUGAACAAAGAAAAGACCGACAGCAAAGACCAAUAAUGUGGACUACAGUGACAAAACAACCAACAAUAACCACUAGUCUAAUGGACAGCACAGAUGUACCAAAACACACGACAAGCGCCCUCUCCUCCUUAUAUUUAUCACUUUUGUUGGAUUUUUUUUGUAUUAACCUUAACUUCCAGACUGUUUGAUGCCGAUUAUUAUUUUUUAGUGCACAUUUAUGUGUCGAGCGUUUAAGUAGAAAAAAAGAAAGAAAAAAGAAAAAGAAAACUUCUAAGGAGAGAAUUACAUUCUGCUUUCACUUCGAGAUAUGUGUUUUUGUAAAAGAAAUUAAAGAAGCGCAGUUUGGAUACGCUUAAACUGUCCGAAGAAAGACAAUACUUGAAUUCCUUUGAAUUUCACAAAAACCAUAAUUUAUGCUGUGAAUGUUUUCUUUCAUGUUUAUUUCCUUUGUACGCUGUUGUGCAGGUGUAGUAUUUUGUACAGCAACAUCUGCGGUCGACAUGUCUGUCUUGUAUUUUUGUGAUAGUUGUAGCUGUAUUUGUGCACAUUUUCUUUCUCCUUUUUUUGACUGUAGCCUCCGAGUUUAAUUAUAGAGUGUAGAUAUAGACCUCUGCAAAUAUAACCAUAAUCCCAA